UGGUGUAGGAAAUGGGAAGUACCACGGAAAGUGUUACAUUCAAGCAUAGGUUUUGUCACCUUGCAACGCUACAUGGCAGAUGGAAAUCCAUCGGUGAUAGCGGUUUAUCUCUCAAAAGCCUUGAUAGUCAUCUGGAUCGCAGAUGUACUUCGAUUCAAUUCGAAAAGGUUUUCAAGUCUCUAUGAAACCUUGCUGGGUUUCUUGAUGCGUCCCUCUGAGAAAAACGAUUGGAAUGGAGUCAUCUUUUAUUUGCUGGGGGUUAUCAUCAGUCUCUCAACUUUACCGCUAGAUAUUAGCGUUUUAUCAAUCUUGAUUUUAUCAUGGGUUGAUACAUCCGCUUCGAUCGUUGGAAGAUUAUAUGGUCAUUUAACCUCAAGUCUCCCAUCACCACCAUUCGCCCGAAGGAAAUCAUUGGCCGGGUUUCUAGGAGCAUUUCUUACCGGUACCAUCACCUCUUCACUCUUUUGGUCAUCAUGGGCCAGCAAAGGUCCUGCCAGACUUACCGGUCAGUUACCUACUCCUAAAUCAAACAUGAGCUUACUGGGACUUUCGAUUGGAUGUGGUUUAGUCGGUGCAGUGGCUGAGGCUGUAGAAGUGUUUGGUUUGGAUGAUAAUUUGAUUGUUCCUGUCUUAUCG